AUGGAAAAUUUCGAUUCCGGACGACCCCAACCUUCGGCCGUACCACAAACCGUCAGAUGCUCUUUUUAUCGUGAACGGCAUCAUUAUGGUUGGCGAUCGCGUAGUAGUACCAUCAGCCACGCGUUCGCAAACGACGUGCUCAACGUGUUGCAUCGAAACCAUCCGGGAAUUCGUGGAAUGAAAAAUUUAGUUCGGCAUAAUUUCUAUUGGCCGGGGCUUUCAACGGAUGUCGAGAACUUGGUCGACAAUUGCUCCAGAUGCCGAGGAAGCUUGAUUGCACCAGUCAAGGUUCCACUCUCACCUUGGCUGGAUACAGGCAAACCCUGGGUACCAGUUCAUAUGGAUUUCGCGGAACCCAGGAAGGGUAACGCUAUUUCGGUGGCCGUGGACAGUUACAGUCGUCUUUUGGAUGCUACAUGGAUGAUCCUAAUGACAACCCGUGGGUUAGCCAACUACCGUCGAAUCCUGAUUCGAGAUUAUGGACCACCCGAAACGUUCGUCACCGACAACGGGAUGCAAUUCGUUUCCGAAGAGUUUGCACAACUUUGUUCGGAAUUCAACAUCCAAUACUUACGGAGCCCUCCGCACAUGCCACAAUGCAAUGGUCUGGCGGAACGCGUGGUACAAACUGUAAAGAAGGCUCUCGAUGAUUCGUGUGACAACCUUGACAGCAUCGUUUCUACAUACAAGUACACACCUCAUAGAGAGUUACAAGAUAGAGCGCUAGCUGAAAUUUUCUUCGCACGUAGACUUCGAACUUCAUUGGACAUAUUCAAACGCUCCCGCUGGUACGUUGCCCUUGUCAUCCGCUCAGCAAGACACGAAGGAUCAUUUCGACCGUCGCUAUGGGGCCAGAACCAGGCACUUCGAGGAAGGGGAGGAGGUAAUGAUUAA